UGGUAACAAGGACAUGGUCAAACAAAGUGCUGCACUUGGUCAUUACAAGCCACAGGUAGAUAGCAAGGAGCAGAAAAUGGACACUCAAUUAUUCUCCCCGUUAUUAGGAACGAUUACUAACACUCCACCUCCUGUGGAAUCUUCACGUCUGUAUAGUGACUGGGCUGCAUGUGGAGACGAUAUCAGCACAAAAACUUCCUUUCAAGACUGCACAAAAAAAAGGGCACAGAUAAAUCUCUCAUAUUCUGGCAAUGGCCCUGAUAUGUUUGGAUUGGUGACAAGUAUUUUAGAGGAACCAAACAAGCCAGAACCAGUUACAGAUUGGAAUUCUCUCUCGAGAUUAUUUCCACCUGUGUGGGCACCCGAUCUUGGAAACAGUGGUGAAUUCUCAGGGUUUUCAUCUAAGCACUCUGUUGAAAGUAAGGAUUUUUCAAACGUGAUUGGCACGCAGAGCAACUAUCAGGACCAUUUGCAGAAGCCACAUGAUGUGGAGAUGUUACACAGAGGAUUUGAAGAUCUUCAUCUCAUAGAGUCUUGGCUUUCUCCCUCUGACUCUUACGCUCAGCCUGAUAAUAUUAAUUUCUUGAGGAACAUCUACCCUGAAAAUUCCUCUUUCCAAAAUAAUACUGUAUUUCAGCAAGAAGGGUUUUCACUGCAGAAUGUGGACUAUAACCAGCACGUGUGUAAUUAUGACAUGGGGUUAAACAGAGACUGUGAAAAAGUCAAUUCCAAUUUUAGCACCUUUUCUCAAAACAGGAUUAAAGAGGGCACUAUCUUUCAGAAAGAAUUUUGGAAAACUGAAAGAUCCAGAGGCAAAAUUGUGAAAAAUGAUACACAAGAACAAGCAAAGUAUUCCCCCGAGCUGUCUAACCAACCUGUUGAUGACUCUUGGGACCAAGUAUCACAGGACAACCACUUGAUUUCUAGGAGAUAUGAAAACUUUACAGCUGCUCAUAAAUCACAGUCAUCUCUGUAUUUUUUCAAUCAGCCACCUAAAGAAAAUCAUUUUUCUGGAGGCGCAAACGGAAAACCACAGGAAACCCAUAUGCAAAAUGGUCAUAAUGUCUUUACUUUGGGGGAUGCUUUUAAUAAUAAUGAAUGUAAGAUCCGUAUUAAUCCUAAAGAAUUAUUGCAUAAAAUUUCUGAAUAUGAUUCAUCUGUAAAAAGCGCUGUACAAAAUGGGAGCUACUCAUCAUUCCACGGACAUCCAUGGCUGGAUGGGAAAAUGUCAUGUCCCACAGCUGCAUCAGAUAUCACUUGUGGAAAACACGUCCUAACAAGCCCCCAGUCAUCUUCAGGGGUUUCAACCAUGUCUGGCGGCUCCCCCACGCAUCAGUCUAUAACACAGCCCUCUUAUUACUCACAGAUCUCACCUGCCCUUUCUGCAAGGAAAGAUGGAAGGCUACAGGCAUCCAAUGGUGUUUCUAAUAAUUUGGGUGUUUCUAAUUUCAUCGCAGAAAACCAGACACAAAUGAAGGCCCUUGGACGCUCACACCACAAUUCCUUGACUAAUAAGGAGGGACAAUACCGUAAAUUUCCUGUUAAUUUUUCCUCUGGCUGGUUAAGGCAGCAGAACUCUGUUAGUGAAGACUGUGACAAGUACCCUAGAUUUCAGAAAAAGCCAACCCAGGAGAAUAGUAAUAAAGAUGAUAGAAGAAGCAGAAGGAACUGGAUCCCUCAUUUUGGGUAUACAGCUCCAAAUCGCCAGCCCUUCAGCAUGUUUCAAAAAAAGCAAGAGCAGAAUGGUGACAGCGUGUCAGAUUUCAUCAGUCCUUCUUUUCUUCCUCCUUUCCCAUUAAUGUCUGAUUUUAAGCAAAAUCCCAACUUUCCUCCAUUUAAUCACCAUCUGUUUUCCUCAGCAAAUAAUUUCAAUUUUCCUCCUUCUCCGUUUCCAUUCUCGGACCUGGUUGACCUUUUUCACUAUGAUGAUUUUAACCAGUUGAAUCCCUUCAUCAGUGAUCUCUUUUGUGGGGAAAUAACUGCACCAUACUUUGCCUUUCCAACACCAUUUAACAAAUAUAGACCUCCCAGAAAUCGCAGUGGACCUGCUAAUGAGCUUCAUACUCGACUGGAGGAGUGUUACGAGCAGUGGAGAGCUUUGGAGAAAGAAAGAAAAAAGACUGAGGCUGACCUUGCAAGAAACUUCCCAGGAAAGCGUGUGUCCAGCUCCAAUAACACUCCUGUGUCCCGACUCCCUGCCAACCCAUCCCGAGUGGAUCGCUUGAUUGUGGACCAGUUACGAGAGCAAGCCAGAGUAUUGACCUUAAUAGGAAAAAUGGAAAGGCUUCGUGGCACCCCGGUGCACGGGAACAUAUCUGCUACUUUGGAACAUCAUUUGGAGGCCAUUCAUGUCACACAAGCGAGGCGUAAGGAUGAGAUUGUUAAUGCUGCUAAUCCACAGAGACAAGGAGGACCACGUUACAGCAAUGAAAAAGAUGUUCUGGCUCUGGCAGCUGCCAUAAGGGAGCUGGCUGCUUCCACCCGCAAGGCUCGUACUGCUUUAUGGUGUGCGUUACAGAUGACUUUACCAAAAAGCUCCUUAAGCAGCCCAGAAAAACAGGAGGUUGAAAGGGCACUGCAAGAGCUUUGUCCUGCAAACACAAGCACAGAAGAAAAAAGCAACAGGGAGCACGAAAGCAAAGGAAGCCAAGAAGAAAAACCUGAGGAAUCGAUGAGAAUUCUGGAAUAA